AUGGCAAUUAAAGACGAUUUCGUAACAAAUAUAAGAAGAAAUGAAAUCCAUGCUACUACUACUACCGCCUCUUCAAAAAGUUCAAUAGAUGAUGAAGAGUUUACAUUAUUAUUAAAAACUAUUAAACAAUCAAAACAUGGAAAUGUGUCCAAUUUUACCAAAGAUGAUAAAGUAAAAUGCAAUGUAUGCAAUCAGUUAUUCUCAAAGAACUAUUUUGCUAUUCAUAUGCAAUCUCAUAAUGCUUCAUAUAAAUGUGAUAUUUGUGGCAAGAAAUUUUCUUACCUUUCAAUAUUUAAUAGACACAAAGCAACUCACAAACAUGAUAUGGUAGUAUACGAGUGUAAGUUAUGUGAUAAAACAUUUAGAAACCCUAGUAAUUUAUCCAAACAUGAUACACUUCACGAACAAGAGAUUAUAAAAUGUCUAUUUUGUUUUAAAACAUUCAAGCAUUUUGAUGAUUUUCUGGACCACAUUAAUAUGUACUCAUUUGACAAACGUUCUAAAAGUUUGACUAAUCACAUAAAAAUACACAGUGAAGGCAUACACUGUUUAUCAUGUUGUACAUGUAAAAUGAGUUUUGCAGAGCGCGAUACCGUCAUAAAAUACAUCACCUGA